UUCUUUUCUUUCUGAAAAGCCUCCGCAGUUUGAUUGUUAUGAUUAAUGUUAUUUACCAGACCAUAUAUUCAUUGAGUGAUUGAUAUCGAUAAUGUUAAUUCGAGACUGGUUUUACUACUGAAAUCACACGAUAUGAGGGAUUUUCCUGCGCGGUUCGAUGAUUUGCCCGAAACGAAACUUGACGCCACUGAUCAUUUCAUGGAUCGUUUCCAUCAUCAUUUAAAAGAGGGGGAAAUCGGGUUCGCCACCUUGCCGGAUCAGGUCCAUCGGAAAUCCGUGAAGAAGGGUUUCGAUUUCACGAUGAUGGUUUGCGGGGAAUCCGGGCUG